AUGCUCCUGAGCCUCCCCGAAUCGCUCCCCUCUCUCGUUUCACGCCGCUUCGUCGCGGCCAAGGAGAGCGGCGCUCUCAUCUUCUCCGCGACGCAGCUGGCUGUCUUGCGCGCGCGGAACAACGGCGUCGAGUACCAACUCCGCUACUGCCCAGCACUAGCCAAGAAGCCCGGCCAAGACAGACAGAAGAAAAAGGAAAAAGAAGACACAAAAAGGCCAGAUCCAUUCGACAAUCCGGCGGCAGCCCUGCUCAUCGCUGAUAUUCCUAGUACUGCUGCAGGUGGUGGUGGUGUUGGCGGCCACCUCCUAAUCCUCAACAAAUUCCCCGUCAUCGCGAACCACUUUAUUCUCGCGACAAGACUGUUUGAGCCGCAGACUGAUUUGCUGGGCAAGCAUGAUUUGGAGGCUGCGUUUGCCUGUGUGAGGGCGUGGCGCGCAGAAGAUGAUGAGCAGAAACGACUAUUUGCAUUUUUCAACUCGGGCGUCGAGAGCGGCGCCUCGCAGCCGCACCGACAUUUGCAGUUCCUGCCUGUGGAGGAUAUGCGGGCUUCUUCUUCUUCUUCUUCUGGCGUAGCGUGGCGGCCGUUGAUUGAUUUGCUUGAAUCUACAACGACGACGACGUCGUCACAAGUUGGCGUCGAUUCGGGAUUCAGGAUAAGACACCUCCCGACACUACCAUUCCAGCAUUUCGCAAUCUCCCUCUCCGAACAGAAAGAAGAAGAUCUGUCAGCCGACGUUCUGCAUGCAAUGUACCUCUCGCUCUACCGCGCCGCGCUGGUCGCAGCGGGGAUAUCCGAUGUACACGAACUGCACCGCGCGUCGGGACCGGCAGCGAUAAGUUACAAUCUCGCUAUGACGGAGGAGGUGAUGAUGCUCUGUCCGCGAAGGAGAGAGAGCGGCUCUCUGCAUUCGUAUUUUGGGCAGGACAGAAACGAGGUUGUGGAAGACGGAAAAGAGGAUGAUGUGGUCUCACUCAAUGGGACGAUAUUGGCUGGCACGCUGAUGGUAAAGUCCGAGGAGCAGUGGGAUCGAAUACGGGGAAAUGCAGAAGUGAUCAACUCGUUGCUGGCAGAGGUUGGGAUUCCCUAUACUUAG